CAGCGCCACAGCGACAGCAUCGAGAAUUAUGACAAUUUUGCAGAGCGAUCAGUCGAAAAUCGUUGUUAAUCGAAGCUAAAACUAAAAUUAAGAAUACUUUUUUCCUUUGCGAAUCUUAUUAUUACGAACGAAAAAUAAUAAGAAUAGUAAUUUGUACUCUCGAGUAGAUCCUUUCGAUAGCGAACACACACAGAAAACGAAAACAGAAAUGCCUUUCCAACCGAUCGAGGCCCCCAAAUGUCCGCGCUGCGGCAAGAGUGUGUACGCGGCCGAGGAGCGUCUGGCCGGUGGCUAUGUAUUCCACAAGAACUGCUUCAAGUGCGGCAUGUGCAACAAAUCGCUGGACUCCACCAACUGCACAGAGCACGAGCGCGAGCUGUACUGCAAGACCUGCCAUGGACGUAAGUUCGGACCCAAGGGCUACGGAUUUGGCACCGGCGCCGGCACACUCUCGAUGGACAAUGGACAACAAUUCCUGCGCGAGAACGGCGACGGUCCGUCGGUGAGGAAUGGCGCACGUCUGGAGCCCCGUGCCAUUGCCCGUGCCCCCGAAGGCGAGGGAUGCCCACGCUGUGGCGGCUAUGUGUAUGCCGCCGAACAGAUGCUGGCCCGCGGUCGUGGCUGGCACAAGGAGUGCUUCAAGUGCGGCAGCUGCAAGAAGGGUCUCGACUCGAUCCUCUGCUGCGAGGCGCCCGACAAGAACAUCUACUGCAAGGGCUGCUACGCAAAGAAAUUCGGCCCCAAGGGCUACGGCUAUGGCCAGGGCGGCGGUGCUCUCCAGUCCGAUUGCUAUGCUCAUGACGAUGGUGCACCGCAGAUCCGUGCUGCCAUCGAUGUGGACAAGAUCCAGGCGCGUCCCGGCGAGGGUUGUCCCCGUUGCGGUGGCAUGGUCUACGCCGCCGAGCAGAAGCUGUCCAAGGGUCGUGAGUGGCACAAGAAGUGCUUCAACUGCAAAGACUGCCACAAGACGCUCGAUUCGAUCAAUGCCAGCGAUGGACCCGAUCGCGAUGUCUACUGCCGCACCUGCUACGGCAAGAAGUGGGGCCCCCAUGGCUAUGGUUUUGCCUGCGGCUCGGGCUUCCUGCAGACCGACGGCCUCACCGAGGACCAGAUCAGCGCCAAUCGUCCCUUCUACGCCGCAGACACCACGUCGAUCAAGGCGCGCGAGGGCGAGGGCUGCCCCCGUUGCGGUGGCGCUGUCUUUGCCGCCGAGCAGCAGCUCUCCAAGGGCAAAAUGUGGCACAAGAAGUGCUACAACUGCACCGACUGCAAACGCCCGUUGGACUCGAUGCUGGCCUGCGAUGGACCCGAUGGCGACAUUUAUUGCAAGGCCUGCUAUGGCAAGCACUUUGGCCCCAAGGGCUUUGGCUAUGGCCAUGCCCCCACUCUGGUGUCGACCAGCGGCGAGUCCACCAUUCAGUUCCCCGAUGGCGGUCCCCUGAACGGAGCGCGCACCUCGGGCGGAUGUCCACGGUGUGGCUUUGCCGUGUUUGCCGCCGAACAGAUGAUCAGCAAGAGCCGGAUCUGGCAUAAGCGUUGCUUCUACUGCUCGGACUGUCGCAAAUCUCUGGAUUCGACGAAUCUGAACGACGGGCCCGAUGGUGAUAUCUAUUGCAAGGCCUGCUAUGGUCGCAACUAUGGAACCAAGGGAUGCGGAUAUGGUAUCGGCGCGGGCGCCUUGACAACGUUCUAAAAGAAAACGAUUUAUGUCUGUGAACCGUUCCGUUCCGAAUUUUCUGUCUAAUCUAACUCCCCCCCUCUAUCUAUCCCCUAACUGUUUUAACUAACUUUUAAAGGAAUUAGCUAACUUAGUCUUCGUUUUCUUCCAACGAUAUUUCGAUCAACGAUGCAACAAAUCUAUUUUUCUUUUAGGUUAUGUGAGAAUAAGCUUAAAAAAUAAUAAAAAACUGAAAAAAAACCGCAACCAAAAGAACUUACGAAUCAAAAAGCGAAACUAACCAUCGAAACCAAUGACCUAACGAUCUAUUACGACAAACCAACGGCAGAGGCCCAUGAAAAAAGGCUUAACUUUUGUGAAGGUGCAGUCCCAGCGAAAGCACAGGACUUAUAGGAGGACUUAUAGGGAAACGAAGCGAGCCAAAAAGUCGUUUAUAUUUAUUUUUUGUACACAAAGCAAAGUAUGUUUCAUGCUCCAAAAAAAAAAAAAACAAAGAAACAUACUUUGAAAUAUUCUAUAUACUACUCAUGAUAUGAUAAAAGAUAAACAUUGAUACAAUGAAUGAUGAAAUGAUGAAAUGAAGAAAUGAUGAUUGAUAUAUGACGAUGAUGUAUAUUUAGAUGAAUUUUAGUUCUUACGAUACUUAUAUGCUUAUGAAAUCUUGAUUAUUUAUAAUGAUAUAUUUUCAAACCCAUUUCUCAUCACUCUUUAAUCUCUUGAAAGAAAUCGCUCUGAUUUGGAUAUAGAAAAAAAAAUACUUAUAUAUCAUACAACAACACACACGCACAUAACAUCCAAAUAAUAUAUAUGCCCCAGUGGGUUCCAUGAAAACAAAAACAACAA